AUUGCCGGUGCAUGAUAUUGAGACGAAAUUUAAAAGUUGCAUUGUAACACUGUUUUGGUCGGCUUUACCUGCCCUCGAAGACACACGAUUUGCCUCAGUCGAACAAUGUACGACAGAGGGUCAAUUCCAAGAUGCAAGUGUCAUUCCGAAAAGAGGUUCCUUUUAUGUAUCUUCUUUAUAGUUGUUGUUUUUGUCCAAUGAUUCAUGGAGAGGGAAACCUGUGCUCGAAACUGAAUAUUGGAGAGAAUGAUUUCGACUCUUUUGAGUUAGACGAUCUCGUCGAUUGGUUGAAAAAUCAACAGAGACAAGUUGUGACUUUCUGCAACAACAAUCCCGUGGAUGAAAAUGAAUCAAACGUGGAUUUGCCAUCAUUUUCGUUUUUGGAGAAGGCGGACAACUGUGCCAAUUCGCAAACAUAUUGGACGGGAAAGCUCGACCAAAAAGGACUCCCCAAAGGACCUGGACAUCUGAAGUGGCGAAGUGGAGCCAAAAUUCAAGAUGACAAUAAUGUUAUUGGACAAGGGAUUAACGAAUGUUGUUUGAACUUGAAAACUGGAAUCCACAGUUUUUCCGGGAGCUUUUCAAAAGAUGGAAUUCUCAAGGGGAAAGGGAAAAUUGAAUUCGAAAACGAUCUUCACGGAAUGGAAGGACAACUCGUGGAUGGUCUCUUUGACGGAAAAGUUACGCAACAAGAUCGAAACAAAAAAUUGAAUUUUGUCGGCAUUUACAAACGAGGAUUAGCGCAUGGUCCCGCUUGGAUAUUUCCGGAAGACCCAGGACAACAAGGAAGAAUAUUCAUAUGGUUUGAACAAGGAGAGGUUGUUCCCUAUCCCACGGUUUGGUUAUCCAAAAAUAACCGAUUCUAUAUGGGCACUUUGGCCAACAGUUCUCUUCUAUUGGAUGCGAAAGAGGUCAAAUUUUCGAGAUCUACUGAUUACAGAUGUGUUCAGGUUCUCGACACGACCACGGCUGAGCCCGUGAAAAAAUCAAAAACCUCUCCCAAGAAGAUACGUCUUCCUGUUGUGAUUAAAGCUUUGCCCGAAUUGGGCAAAGUUGUUGUGCGAAGUGGGAAGACCUUGAUAUUCAAUCGAAUUGCCAAAACAGGCAGCCAAAGCAUCGCUGAGCUUUUGGUACAACUUGAAAAGAAGAACCAGAUUAAACCUCACAUUAUUAUAAAGCAAGUGGAAAAUCUUCUGGAAGAUCCUCGAUCGGUUUCGGGCUUUGUAGAAGAAAUUGACCGCAAGAGCGAAGCGGGUGCAUGGAUUCGCCAUUACAACUUCUUUAACAUGAUGGACUAUGGGGCAUUAUGGAAUCCUAUUUACAUCAACAUGGUCCGGGAUCCCGUGGAGAGAGUGAUAUCAUUUUUCUAUUAUCGAAGGGCGGCCUGGAAUAUAGUGGAGCGAAAAUUGGCUUUCCCGAAUGAUCCAUUACCAGAUCCAGACUUCCUCCGGAAAGACUAUGACUCGUGUGUUCUUUCAGGUGACCCUGAAUGUUCGUAUGAGGAAGGAUCCAAUAUCAUGAAAUACGAUGAUCAUCGGAGCCAGAUCAUGGCAUUUUGCGGCCAUGAUUGGAUGUGCACGGAAUUCAACUCCAAAGAUGCUCUGGAACGCGCCAAAGCUAACGUGGAUCAGUUCUACAGUGUGGUGGGAGUUGUGGAACGGAUGAACGACACUUUGACAGUGUUGGAACAUGAAUUGCCCAUGGUCUUUAGUGGAGCCAAAAAGUUAUACAAUUCCAAUCGGGAAAUCAAGAGGAAGCAGAUGAAAAAUGCUUACAAGUUGCCCGUGUCAGAUCAGGUUAUGGAUUUGGUGCGGCAAAAUUUCACCCGAGAAAUUGAGUUCUAUGAAUUUUGUCAACAACGAUUGCAACAUCAGUUGGAAUCAUUUAGAAAAUAACUCUACAUUGAAAGAGGCAUUCAAUUUCAAUUCACUAAAAAGGUUCAUUGA